GACCCCUAUAUCCCAACAGAACAACAAACUCGUGUCACAAGCAAUCCGUGACCCCUAUAGGCUAGUAAAAUAUCUACUCACUAUCACACUAUAAGUAGAAGAGAACUUCAUCACAUUUACUACACAACUUCAUCCGUCUUCUAUCUCUCUUAAAAAUCAGAUUAAAAACUAAGUUUUUUUUUUCAUUUCAAAUGGCUGGUUCAUCACAUUAUCAUUACCAUAAAAAUGAUGAAGAUGAUGCUGAAUUUGAAUCUCUAUUUGAAGAAUUAUUAGAAAUCCCCGAAAUGUUGUCCGAACCCAAAAACAGAAAAAAACGUAUUUUUAUUGAAAGACACCGGGAAGAAGGCGACAUCCAGCUAUGGAAUGAUUAUUUUUCUGAAACUCCUACAUAUCCUUCCAAUAUAUUCCGCCGACGGUUUCGAAUGAGCAAGUCAUUGUUCAUGCGGAUUGUGCAUCGCCUCUCUACGGAAGUGGAGUAUUUUGCUGCAACGGAAGAUGCAGUCGGAAGGCGUAGUCUAUCACCGCUCCAGAAAUGCACAGCAGCAAUACGUCAAUUAGCAUAUGGGGGUGGGGCUGAUACGGUGGACGAAUAUGUCCGACUUGGUGAAUCAACAGCUCGGAAUUGCUUGCACAAUUUUACUGCCGCAAUCAUCGACUUGUUUAGCGAUGAGUACCUAAGACGUCCAACACCCGACGAUCUUGAAAGGCUACUACACAAGGGAGAAGAACGUGGAUUUCCCGGGAUGAUUGGAAGUAUCGACUGUAUGCACUGGGAGUGGAAGAAUUGCCCCACCUCUUGGAAAGGUAUGUAUUCCCGAGGAACUGAUAAACCAACUAUUGUCUUGGAGGCCGUCGCUUCUUAUGACCUCUGGAUAUGGCACGCCUUUUUUGGAGCUCCAGUCAAUUACAAUGUCAACGGCAGGGAGUACGAUUUGGCCUAUUAUCUUACAGAUGGUAUUUACCCGGAAUGGGCGACAUUUAUUAAAUCUAUUAGUCUCCCACAGGGUGAAAAAGAUUCAUUAUUUGCAAAAAGACAGGAAUCUGCCCGAAAAGAUGUUGAGCGUGCCUUCGGAGUCCUGCAAGCUAGAUUCGCCGUUAUCAAAAAUCCAUCAAAGUUAUGGAGUAAAUCGAAGAUAGCAAAAAUUAUGAGAGCUUGUAUAAUACUCCAUAAUAUGAUUGUCGAAGAUGAAGAACGUACGGAUACUCGAGAUGACACAUUUCACGAUCAGGAUAUUUCUUUUUGCGUCAAGAUGCCUACUGAGCUUUUCGAUGCACUUGAUCGCCGAGCUAGAGUUCGGGAUAGACCAGUCCAUAGACAACUAAAACAUGAUUUGAUCGAACAUCUAUGGGAUAAAUUUGGAGAUGAAUAA